AUGGCCAAAAGACGAAAACUCGCGCGCCAGCCCGCGCCACAGCGACCCUCCGGACGCCCGCAGGCCAAGGACAAGAAGCAGCCGAAGCCGCCUGGAGCAGCAAAGAAGAAGCAGCAGCACCGGCAGCAGCAGCACGACGAGCCCGUCAUCCCCUUUAGCCGGCACGACCGCAUCCUUCUGAUUGGCGAGGGCGACUUGAGCUUCGCCGCGUCCAUCAUCGAGCAUCACAGAUGCACAAACGUCACGGCCACGGUGCUGGAGAAGGACCACGCCGAGCUGGUUGCAAAGUAUCCCGCCGUGGACGCCAACAUUGCCAUCAUCAACCGCCGGCCGGGUCAGCAUGAUGAUGACGAUGAUGUUGCUGCCGGUCAAUCGGAUGCCAAAGACGGCGAUGUCGCCAAGGACGAGGACAAUUAUGAAGACGAACAAGACGACGACGACGACGACGACGACAAUCAUGAUUCCAAACCACCCACCAUCACCAAUAAGCUCAUCUACAACGUCGACGCAACCAAGCUGCCCCCCUCCGUCGCCCGCGUCCCCCACGACCGCAUCAUCUUCAACUUCCCCCACGUCGGCGGCAAAUCCACCGACGUGAACCGCCAGGUCCGCUACAACCAGGAGCUCCUCGUCUCCUUCUUCCAGCGCUGCCUCGCCUCCGCCGGCGCGCCCCUCGCCCCCGGCGGCUCCAUCGUCGUCACCCUCUUCGAGGGCGAGCCGUACACCCUGUGGAACAUCCGCGACCUCGGGCGCCACGCCGGCCUGCAGCUCGAGCGGAGCUUUCGCUUCCAGGCCGCUGCGUACCCUGGCUAUCACCACGCGCGGACGUUUGGCGUCGUGAGGAACAAGAAGGGCGAGGAGAGCAGCGGGUGGAAGGGCGAGGAUAGGGCGGCCAGGAGUUUUGUGUUUAUGAGGAAGGAGGAGCUGGAGGGGCAGGCGAGCAAGAAGCGGAAGCGGGCGGGCGACGAUUCUUCAAGCGACGACGAC